AGCUCAGUGCGCAGAAGGCGGGUGACCAGGAAGAAGAACAGAGCUCGGGGCUGAGGGAGGAGACGGGCUCUUGUGUAUACCUGGACGUUGCUUCCCGCUUCCCCGGCAGUGCUCUGAGCAAGCACCCUGGCCGAGGCCCUGAUGGCGGCAGAGGGCUGAAAAGCUCCUUUCGCCUGCCCUCCGGGCGCCGUCUCCCCGCGUGUGGAGCUUCUGAGGGAAAGAAAGAGAGGCGGCGGGUCCCUGGGGCAAGCCGACUAGGGGCUAAGCCUCUUAUGCAGGGUAGGGAGCUGGCAUGAACUUCCUGCGCCGGGCUCCUGCUUGUGCUGCUGCCCACGGGAGGCCGAAGGAAAGCAGCCGCUGUCGCCCGGGGCUGGCGUUGUGUCUCUGAGGAGGAGGAGAAGACACCCCACUUCCCUUUGGGGAAGAUGGGGAACUGCCUGAAAUCUCCCACCUCGGAUGACAUUUCCCUGCUGCACGAGUCCCAGUCGGACAGAGCCAGCUACGGGGAUGGGACUGAGCCGGAUCAGGAGCCUCCGCCGCCAUAUCAGGAACAGGUGCCAGUUCCAGUUUACCAUCCAACUCCUAGCCAGACCCGCCUUGCAACACAGCUUACAGAAGAAGAACAAAUUAGGAUAGCGCAAAGGAUAGGCCUUAUACAGCACCUGCCUAAAGGAGUCUAUGAUCCAGGAAGAGAUGGUUCUGAAAAAAAGAUCAGAGAGUGUGUGAUCUGUAUGAUGGACUUUGUUUAUGGAGACCCUAUCCGAUUCCUGCCAUGCAUGCACAUUUACCAUCUGGACUGUAUAGAUGACUGGUUGAUGAGAUCUUUUACCUGUCCUUCCUGCAUGGAACCAGUUGAUGCAGCGCUUUUGUCUUCAUAUGAAACUAACUGAGCCAGAGCUUCUCACGUGUCAAGGAAGACAUCUACUGUUAAUGGGUUUUAUCUUUUUCCAUUCUGCCCAAAGAACUAAAGAAAAACAAAAUCAUGCACCAUAAAAACUCAGUUCCUAAACUUUUAAAAAUCCUGAAUAGCCGCAGUAACUGACAGAAAUGGAGGAAAAAUGUGUUUUAGAGAAUAUAGAAAAGAUAGGAUGUUAUUUUUAUGUAAAUUCUUGAUCCAGUGCUUAAAAAUAGUUGCUCCUUAAGAAAGAUGUUUUAGUACAUCCGUCCAGAGGAACAGUGUGAAGACUAAUAGUAGAUGUUAAACAUUAAAUUUGUGCAUUUAAAAUACCAGAAAGUUCUUCUGCUCAGCCAUCACUGAAAUGAGCAGGAGUGCUAAGAGGGUGUGUGUGUGUGUGUGUGUGUGUGUGUGUGUGUGUGUGUGUGUGAGAGAGAGAGAGAGGUGCUCACUCUUACUAAAAAGGAAAAGAAAGGGAUGCUAGAGUAUCCUUUCUCCUAAAGAAAUUGCCAUUUUUUGUUCAAAUUGCUUCACAAGUUCCUGGUAUUUGGGUCAAUGCUCUAUUUACAAAAAAAGAAACAUAACACUGGCACAAAAAUAGGUUUACGCUUGUUUGCACAGUUUUUUUUUUAUCCAUUGGAAAUGGUAUCCAUUUUGCCUUAGGUCUUUUAAAAUAGUGUAUUCUUAUGUUUGGGCUGGCUCUAUGCUUGAAAACUGGUUUAUUUAUAACCUGUUAUAAAAGUGCUAUAUUUUGUUUGCAGUUAGGAAUAUGUGGACUUCAAAAAAAGAUCUCCUAGCUUGUAAGCAAACUUGAGAUGCACUAUCUUUUUUCUAUAUGUGACAUUUUAUUGUGAGGGUAUUAAAGAAAAUCAGAAAACAAACUAGUGCUUAUAGUUGUAGUCUUUCAGUUUCAUUGCUUCAUUUCUGCCUAAAUGGUUUUCAGAAUUCAAAUAACUAAAAUUACAUUUGACAAGUUAAAGUGGAACAUGGUAAAAUGAAGACAAGAUAAAGAUUUCUUGUAUUCACAAAGUUUGUUUAGAUUUUCCUCCUUCAGAAAGUGGUAUUUUGGACCAUAUAAAAGGUAUUGCAUCUCCCAUUCUUGUAGCUUGUAGCUUCUGAAGACCAUACUGUUCCUUAGUUUCUGCAUUAAAUGUAUCUUUUGUAUUCCGCUGGAUGGUAUAGCUGUCUGUUAGGCAGAUGUUAAAUAAUCUAUAUUUUAUGUUUUGUACAAAUAUGCAAAAUUAAUAUUUGGCACAGAAUUACAUAGGACUGAUGAAGUGAGUUAGUAAGGACUGUUCCAAGUAUUUACAUUUCAGAAAUGAAAAAGUUAAGCUGCUUGGUAGAGACAGUCAUGCAAAAAGAGAGUAAGUGUAAAGUAUUUUAUUUUAAUCCACCUAGCAUGUGGGUUUUUUCCUCUUAAAUGUUCUUUCAGUGUAAUUUUUAUACAGUUGACUUAAAGCCAAUAGGUUUCAAACUUUGUUUACUCUAUUCAAGCAAACUAGUUCACUGACAACCAUAUGCUUAACAGUAUAGAACGAUUACAUGUUAAAUAAUUUCUACAAGAUCUGCUGAGUAAAAUGCAGAAGUUUUCAUAAUUGCAUAUUUAUUACCCCACAAAAAUGCUACACAUGGCAUUGUAGAUUAUUUCCAUUCAAGUGUCUCAGUUUACCUCCCAAUAUGCAAACUAAUGUAUAUGCGCAACUCCAAUGCAAGCCAACAUCCCCAUUCAUUUUGGCAGAUUGCACCCAUAGCUGAAAGAGAGAUGCUGGGAAAGAACUCCAUGUCUGCGUCAGAUUUCACAUACAUGCAAGAAAUGGCUGAACUUGUGUAAGAAGCUGCACUCAACCAUGUACUCCAAGACAGUUCUUUGAAGUCACAUUGCAAAUGAUGCACUGAUUACAGAAGAAAGCAGUUAAAGCAAAUAGUCUUGGGUUGACUUGCAUUCCAACAAGAAAUCUUUUCCAGUCCUCCACUCUUAAUUCAGAUAUUCUUAUUUAGAGCAAGUAAAUCCAAAAGAGGAAAAAUGAAGUUGUGCAAUAUUUUUUUAGUAGUAACGUAUACUACCUUACCAUUCCUUGUGUUGUUUUCCAUAAAUGUUGAUGUCUAUCUUGUCAAGUAUUAUAGCCAGUUUUCUUCUUUUACUUUGGUUGUUAAAUUAGCAAAUGAACAAUUUUAAAUACUC